UUUGGCGCCAAAUUGCAACAUUAUCUCUUUCUAGAGAUCAGAAGAAGAAGAAAUAAACAUUAAUAUCAAAAUUCGAAGACACCUAGAAGUAUUCGGUCCUUACAUAUCAAUGGCGUCGGGUUCCGGUUCCGGUUUGGGUUCGGGUGUUCCAGAAACGGACGAUUACGAGUCGUUAAUUUCGAUGACGGAUGUGGACCAUCUGAAGAGGAUUUGGCGACGGGAGAAGGCGGCGCCGGAGAUUUUUCAGUUCGAGACUGCUUUGAUUGAUCGAAUCAGAGAACAGAUCCAGUUGAUGGAAGAGACUGUAGAUGAAUUUGUGGAGAGUGGAGUCGAUCCGUUGACAGUAUCUCUCUACCAGAUGGAUUUGGACAGAACCCAAUUCUUGUUGAGGUCAUACCUUCGUAUUCGUCUCCAAAAGAUUGAGAAAUACAUGUUCCACAUUUUGAAGUCAACUGACCUCUUCAACCGUCUUUCUAAAGAAGAGAAGUUGUUUGCUGAAAGGUCGUGUGAUGAUUUGAAGAUGCAUCUUGAAGAGAGUGUUCUCUCAAAAUUACCAGAUAAUUAUCAGUCUAUACUCCAACAAUCGAUAAUAAGUGAAGAGACUGACAUGGUCCCAAAACCGCAGUUAGACGUGUUUGUCGUCUGUAAGACCAAGUAUUAUCUUGGGCACAUUCAGCUUGAGGACAUGGAUGAUGGGAAUGCUGAUCACAGGGGAAAUCAGAGACCGUUGGAGGAACCCUUUGAAAUGGAGCCUAAUGUGUUAUACUUUGUUCGUUACAAGCCGAUAAAGAAGUUUGUAGAGGAAGGAAGAAUUGAUUUAUAUUGAAUAUACGACCCAUUAAAGGGAAAACAAAAAUUAUUAUGUCAGUUGGCCCUCCUAGUUUCCUAUGAUGUUUUAUAGUACCUUGUGUUACCAAUCUAUUUAUUGAUUUUGGGGAUAUGCAAGUCAUGCUACUGCCUUGUAGCAACCCAAAAAACAAAUUAGGAGAACGAAAUGUGGGGUUGAUUGAUCAGCUUCGUCUGCCCUACGAUUUGGAAGCAUAUUUCUGAACUAUUUACAUAUUUUCAUGACAGGAUCAAAGCCAACUAUACCUUCCGUUUCAA